GUGGGCUUCGAGCAAAGUUGGGAAAAUGGCUGCGCCGGAGACCCCCAGUCCAAGCAUUCCCAAAGCAAGCCACCAGAGCCAUGGAGCACAGACGCCACCAAACGGCCUUGGAUGCACAGACGUGUUUCCCCGUCCUGGCGAGAAAGCUUGGCCUCAACUCCCCUCCCUUCAUCAACCACUGGCACACGACGAACCGUGACCACCAUACCAUGAUCUCUUUGCCGGCGGCCCUAGAAACGGCCCGAUGUCAAUGAGCCGGUACAGUCUGACAGACCCAACCUACUACCCGUACCAAUGGGCUUAGGGGCGGGGCGAGGGGAAG